UGGAUGAAUAUAGUGAAAGCCGUGUGUCUGUAAUGAGAGGCCAAGUAGUGACGCCGCAGGGUCUUGGCAUUAUUGGGAUUCGCGUAUCAGUUGACCGUGAUUCGAGAUUCGGAUUCACAUUAACGCGGCAAGGUGGAUGGUUCGAUGUUUUGGUAAACGGAGGUGGAGCCGUAACAUUGCAAUUUCAAAGAUCACCUUUUCGUCCAUUAACACGCACUGUUUUUGUGCCAUGGAAUCAGAUUGUAGUGCUUCCACCUGUACAAAUGCAAAUCAGUGACGAGGAUGACCAGUCUCGAUUAGCGAUCAAACCAAUUCCAGCAAAUCCAGCUUACAGCUUUCUUAGUACAUCACAGUAUCGAUUUUUAGAAGAUAACCCAUCGCCAGUGGCAAUAUGUCUCGAGCAUGAUCACGAGUUGCUGAGACCUCAACUUACCAGCACAUGGAUGCCCAAUGGUGUGGGAUCUGUUCCAGGGAAGAGCAUAAUUUUUGCAGAAACUCAGAUCGUACAAGAAUCUAUACAGAUCCCAGGUUCCGACUUACAUCUUACAUAUCAAACGUCACAGGCAUCAGGAUACAAAAGUAUAGUGCGUAUGCAGUUAACACAUGAAAAAAUACCAGAAACCCUCACCCAUGUGCAUAUAGGAGUACAGAUAGAAGGAUCUCUACAUGUUAAAACAUAUGAAGCCGACCCCAACUUGAGCUACAUUUUUGCGUGGAACAAAAGGAACGUUUACAAACAAAAAGUCUAUGGAACUGCAGUGGCCAGGAUUUCCAUAGGCUAUCAGCAUUCAACAUGUAAGGACAUUGUUUGGGAAACUCAAACGGCUAAACUGCAAGGGUUUGAGGUUGAUAUAUCAGACAUUGGCGGAUGGGGGUUGGAUGUACACCACCAUUAUAAUUUUCAUGAAGGCAUCUUGCAAAAGGGAGACGGAACAACGUUACAUUUCAAAGAGUAUCCCAGGAUCGUUAAGCAGGUAAUGGGCGAUGGUCAACAACGUCAAUUGAGCUGUAAGGAGCAUUGCAAUGGUCUGUCCAAGCAUGCUAGACUGCUGACGCCAGUCGCUCUUACAUCCGGCCCCGAUGGAAGUCUUUAUGUUGGAGAUUUUAACCUUGUACGACGUAUAACUACAAACGGCAGUGUGUUCACCGUUCUUGAACUAGAAACAACUCAGGUGGCUUACCAGUAUUAUUUGAGUGUUUCGCCGGCAGAUGGCCAUCUUUAUAUUUCUGACCCAGAAAAACACAAAAUUUUGAGAGUUGUGCAACAUGAGAAUGUUCCCGACCCUACAGCUAACAGUGAUGUAGUCGUUGGAAGUGGUCAACGUUGUAUUCCUGGCGAUGAAGAAAACUGUGGCGAUGGAGGGCCAGCUAAACAAGCACGAUUAUCUCACCCGAAAGGAAUUGCCAUUGCAGCCGAUAAAACAAUGUACAUAGCUGAUGGAACCAACAUAAGAGCAGUGGACCCGAAAGGAAUUAUUCAUACUUUGAUAGGACACCACGGACAUCAUAACCAUUGGAGUCCGGCGCCAUGUCGUGGAGCACUGCUUGCAACUAGAGCUCAACUGCAAUGGCCAACGGGUCUUGCGCUCAAUCCACUUGAUGGUUCACUCCAUUUUAUUGACGAUCGACUAGUGCUGAAACUAACUGCCGACAUGAAAAUAAAAGUGGUGGCCGGCGUCCCACUGCAUUGUAAUGGCAAUGAUGAACACAAUAGGACAAAUUCAGAUGAUGUGCUAGGCACGGUGGUGGCAAUGGCCUUUGCUCCUUCCGGCGAUCUCUACGUCGCUGACACGGAUUCUCGGAGAAUAAAUACAAUACGUGUGGUUGAUUCUACUGGAAAUAUGCGUACCUUUGCUGGUAGAUUGGAGAACGGGAUGCAAACAUGUGAAUGCAACAACGGUAACAAUAGUACUUAUCAGAACAGCAAUAGCGAUAAACAUAGCACAAUAACACCAGUAAUGAUGAAUCCUACUGGUGGGUCUACCUUGCCUCAAAAUCCCUCAGUUAUGAUGAUGAUGACUGGAUGCUCGUGUAAUUAUGGAAACAGCUAUGUCCCCGCCAUAAAUAUCAACAAGAACCGAAAAGAAGACCUGUCUGCAGUGCAAUCAGAAACGGUUUUAUCUUCCAACGUCAAAUUCCAAGCAGUAUCAGCGAUUGCCAUUGCACAAGAUGGAUUCAUUAACAUAGCAGAUCAGGGCUCACUUCGUAUCGUGACACUUCAACACUAUCUGCCUCAACACGAUACAAAUGGAGAGUUUCAAAUACCUUACACACCGACAAACGAAAUGUAUGUGUUCAACCGCUAUGGACAACAUGUCGCUACAAAGGAUUUGUCUUCUGGAAGAACGCGAUACUCAUUUUUAUAUUCCAAGAAUACAAGUUUCGGCAAGCUUUCGACGGUUACCGACAGCUCAGGUAACAAGAUACAGUUUUUGCGAGACUACAGUAACGUUGUUAGUUCAAUCGAAAAUUCGCAAGAUCACAAGUCCGAGUUGAAAAUUUCUUCCAACGGAAUGCUGACGAAAAUUAUUGAACGAAAAGGAAAGUCAGAGCUUCAGUUUGAUUACGACAGUAAUAGCGGUUUGCUCCUCAGUCGGACCGGGAAUGGCGAAACGUUCAUAUAUCAGUACGAUGAAUAUGGCCGUGUAACAAAGGCCAUAUUACCUAGCGGAGAAGCCUUCGUAGUAACAACAGUAUUGGGUGACAAGAAUGAUGACUUGGGAGUACAGAUUAACGAGAGCAUUCACUCGCACUUUGCCCAAGAACCUGCGUCGCCAACAGUAUUCUGCUUGACCAGUGGUAUCAAAAAUGCUGUCAUCGCGAAAGACACCGAGAAAAUGAAUGCUAAAAUAAGUCAUAUUAAUAGUACACUAACAAUUACACGCACCGAUGGAAUCAUUAUAGAAUCGUCCGCCGUAGCUGCACAUCCAUACUUAGAAAAAAUAAUGCCAAUCGAAGCGGAGAUGUUGCCAAUGUGGUCUCAUCAGACAGUAAAAAUGGGCGAAAAUUUAAUCAAUUCGAUGUACUCCAAGUAUCACUACAUAACUAAGGAAAAUAAUCGUGUACCUCGGCAAAGAUUCAGCCGUGAAAUUUAUGUAAACAACACCCGAGCAAUUCAAAUUGACUACGAUCAGUUACAGAACAGAGAAACAUUUUUGAACAAAUACGACGAGAUUAUUCUGACAGUAUUAUACGAUCAAUCUGGUUUGCCUAUCUCAUAUUACCCUGGCGGAGAAAAUAGUCAUUUUAAUCCUCUUAACAUAACGUAUGAUCGUUUCAAUCGUGUUGAAGGUUGGCAAUGGGGGCCAGCCGAGAUGAAGUAUAAUUAUGAUAUGAACGGCUUGCUUUCAGAAGUGACCAGUCAACAAGAUGGCAUCAUACUUUACUCUUACAACGAAUUGAACUUAUUGUCAGAAAUUUCGCUAGGAAGUCAACGCAAAUUUAAACUAUCCUACGACGGUAGUGGAGGUUUACGUCACAUCACUCUACCAAGUGGUACCAAACAUUCCUUCAGCUUCCAGCCUUCUAUCGGUUUCGUGAGAUUCACCUAUACCCCACCUGGUAACAAUAAGCCAUACCUUCAACACUAUUCCUAUUCUGGUGCACUUUUGCAAACCAUAUAUCCUGGUGAUGGAGCACGAGUUAUCUAUCGUUAUAACGCUGCUAAUCUUGUGUCGGAGAUAGUUCACGGUGACGGUCGUAGCGAGUUUAGUUACACGGCAACUUCCAGUAUGCCAUCGGCCGUCGUACACACAGAACGAGAUUUAGAAUACCGUUGGGACUUUGAUUACGUCGGAGGUUUGCUAAUGGAAGAAAGAAUAGAUUUCUCUGCUAAAACAGGACUAUCGAACGCCAAAUUCAGCUAUGAAUACGACAACCAUUUCCGUUUAAUAUCAAUUCAAGGGCGAAUUGGGGGACAAAACCUACAAAAUCAAAUUCUGGAAUACAGUGAAAAAACUGGUAGCUUAUCUCAGAUAGGGCCAUUCAAGGUAACUAAUAUAGCAGCCAACCAAACUACCGUUGGGGAUGGCACAGCUACUUUUUCCAGAACCAUUAAUGGCCGCUUCUUAGAAACGCUUAUCACGGUGAUGAUUCAUCGCAUGGCAGUAUUCCGAAUGGAGUUUACUCACGAUAUGCAUGGAAGGAUUUCUCAAACACGCACAUACACUCGCAACGUAGGUGUCAAUACAUACACAAACGUGAAAAACUACACCUGGGACUGCGAUGGGCAGUUGAUCGGCGUCGAAGCACAAGAACCUUGGGGAUUCCGAUACGAUGACAAUGGAAACAUGCUCUCGCUAACGUACAGAGGUAAUACGAUUCCAAUGGAGUACAGUAGUACGGAUCGAAUUUUGAAGUUUGGCGAGGGUCCGUACAAAUACGAAGCACGUGGAUUGGUGGCACAAAAUGCCCGCGAAGAACGCUUCCACUACAACACACAAGGACUCCUGAUAAGGGCAACUAAGCGGGGACGUUUCGAUGUGCGCUACUAUUACGAUCACCUGAAUCGAAUGAUUACCCGAAAGGAUAACUUCGGAAAUGUUACUCAAUUUUUCUAUAACAAUCAAGACCGGCUAAAUGAAGUAAGCCAAAUCUACUCCCCCCGGGAUGGCAAGCUGAUGUCGCUUACUUACGACGACCGCGGUCAUUUGAUAUUCGCGCAGGUUUACCGACACAAGUAUUACAUAGCAACGGACCAGUGUGGUACGCCCGUAAUGAUGUUCAAUCAGUAUGGGGAAGGAAUUCGAGAGAUUAUGCGUUCUCCCUAUGGACAUAUCGUUUACGAUUCGAAUCCGUAUCUGUACAUGCCUAUUGACUUCUGUGGAGGAAUUUUAGAUCAGGUUACAUCUCUAGUUCACAUGCCAGACGGAAAAGUUUACGACCCUUUGAUCGGACAAUGGAUGACGCCCAAUCGGGAAAAUGUAGAUAAGCACAUAAACAACCCAACGCGACUACAUCUUUAUCGCUACAAUGGAAACGAUCCCAUCAACCGAGAUCACACUCGUGAUCAUCCCAGUAAUCAUCUGGAUUGGAUUAAGCUAUUAGGAUACAACAUACAGAGUCUGAUUCCACAAACCAACGACCGAUUAUAUUCACAGAACAAUCCUUGGAGUCGAACACACACGUCGUUAGUUACACCACAAAUAAUGCAACGCAUUCGUUAUCCAGACCCGGUUCUUAUAGAGUCUGGAUUUUUGUCAUAUCUCGCUAUGCGAAAAAUUAAAACAGCCCAAGAUCUAACCAAUCCUCCCAGAUCCGCCCUGAAGUCCGAUGCUUUGAAUAUCAGCCCGCAUCGAAUCGGAGCAGCGUCGGAUCCUCCAUUUGGGAAAGGAAUUAUUGUGUCGCGUACGCUUGAAGGUCAGGCGAUUGUCUCCAGUGUUCCCGCUGCUAAUCCAAUCUAUCGUGAUGUCUACACGUCAGUGUUCAACCGAACACGAUUACUACCGUUCACAUUUGUUGUACAUAAUUCCCUCCAGGACGCUUUCUUCUUCGUGAAAGAAGACUCGUGGCGAUCUGCUGAGGAUCGCCAGCAACUUAAACGAUUGCAAGGACAAGUCAACACAACAUUCCAUGAAGGAUCACGUGAGAAUGGCAGCGGAAACAAUCAACUGGACGUUAAACUUCACAUACAAAACGCCAUAAUCAAUCUGAAGUAUGGCACCACAGCUGAGAAAGAACAUCAGCGGCUCAUGCACCAUGCAAAACUACAAGCCGUUAGAAAAGCUUGGCAUCGCGAAAAAGAGCUUCUGCGAGUAGGACUUAUCAGUAGUUACGACUGGACGCAGCAAGAAACGGACGAUAUAAUCAAGAACGGUUACGCCAAUCUCUACGAAGGCGAAUACAUUCAUGACAUCGUCCAGUACCCUGAGCUGCUGGAGGAUCCUUUCAAUAUAAGGUUUGUAAAAAAGAAAACAAACCAAUCACGAAAAAGGAAACGAAGAGAGAUUUCACCCGAAAGUAAUUUAUCUGCCAUUCUAUGUAUUGACAAGAAUUGUUAGCAAACAUCAAAUUGUGGAACUUAGACCUCGUUGAACAUUCUUAACAUAGGAUAAGGCUAGUAGGUAAAGUAUACUGGAAAUGAUUGUAUAACCAACAAGAGUUUUGGAGAAGAAAAGUCAUACUGAGGAGCGAUAUUCAUCCCAAUUUUAUUCUUUCUCUACGAAACACGUUUUGCGAUCAAAUAACGGUUUUGAAUACCAAGUGAAAGUUGCAAGCUAACUUUGACAUAAUGGAUAAACUGAAAAUGCACGAUUUUAAUUCGUUUAUUUAGCUCUGAACACCGCAAAUGGAGCCGAGGUGCAAAAUCUUGAAUGAUUAUUCGCGAGUAAUUUCGUUCAUUAUUAGGUCGUCGACUUAAGUUUCAUUUCGACUAGGUUUACCUUUACUUUGCUAGUCUUUUCUUCUUCUUCUUCAUUGGCAUUACAUCCCCACUGGGACAUUGCCGCCUCGCAGCUAGACCAGCACCGGGAAUCGAACCCAGCCUCCCUCAGCAUGGUCUAGUACCGCACGGCUUUGCUAGUUUAUAAUCCAGAAUAUGCUUGUAGUACCAGUUUUUUAUAGUUACGGUAAAAAAAAACCAAACGACAUUUGUUUCCACAACCACUACUCCUAAGCAGUAUUGGUAAAAUAUCUCAAUCACAAACCUAUGUCCUGUGUACGAACAAAUUCGUUUGAGAUUUCAUAAGAAGAAACGUCGCGCUAGAGUAUUUUUUUUAUAUAUAAUACCGCAUCGUUUCACUUAUUUGAGAAAAAUCAAUUCGCCCCGAAAGUCGUUCAAAAUCAAUCGGGGUGAAAUUUGUUUUUACAUGCAAGAAUAUCCUUUGUGCUAUGUAGCGUUUUCUAAUUAUAAACCACAAAAAAUCCUGUGAUUCGCACAUAAUUUAAAUCUUACAUGAGUUGUGAGAUCCAAAGAUCAAACUCGAAUCCAAAUACUAUGAUGUACUCCAAAUCAGCCGAGCUGCCCAAUUCUGAUGGUACAUUUGGGAUAUCUUUCUUGCCUUCGCCUUCGUUUUUGUUCAAAUAUUAGGUCCAAAUGGAUUUUACCCAAUUAGUCACCCAACCCGAUCACGCGAGCACUGACCCUGAAGUGAUGACUCCUGGGCAUCUAAUUAUUGACAGACCCUUAACAGCCAUUCGUAUUCCAAUAUCUGAGAUAGCAUUUUUCUCAUGAGUAUUUGGCAGAGCUUUAGUUCGAGGCAAAGUGGACUAAACAGGUAAAAGUGGCUAUUAGUAUUGUCGUCCUCUUGAAGGAAGAUGAAAUCAACUCAACAGUGGUCGAGUAGUUUAAUUAGCUUUUUCAAAGAAAAUUAAAUCAAAACAGCAAUUUAGCGUUACGUGUUUGGUAUACUACACUUCAGCCAUCAUCAGACGCUAUUAGCUGGCAACUUUCCAGAUGUUCAGUCAGACAAACGGGGCUGACGGCUUAGUUCGCGUUGUGGACAUUUGCGUUGGUGAACAUGUCUACAAAAGACCGAUCCACAAACUUGUGCUACUAGCAGUCCGGACACGGCACACGACAAGGUCAACGGAACUACUUCCAUUCUGCCGAAAGAGUGUGUUCAGUUCCUCGUCAGCACACAUGGCUAUAACACAAACCAUCAUAAGCCACGCCCCAAGUGGUAUUUUGCGUUCGGCAAGUCAGACAGCGCGAGUAUAAAAUAGAGCUUCAUCGCGUGUUUCUUGUUAGUUCGUUUUGGUCCAUCGUACGUGAACAUCAUAAGAAGAAGAGAAGAAAACUAAAUUUCAAAACCAAAAAUCAUUUGCAUAGCAUAACUUGCGGCACUUGUAAGACAUUUCAAUGGUGGCGGCAGUUGCAUAUUCCGCCAGAGUGGAAUAUUGGCGACUCAAUUAACAGCAGAUUUUACAGUUACUGCUUUGGGACGCAAUAUACUUCGAUUUGCCCAUAUGGAAAAAUAUAUAGAAUUUUGGUAUAUAGUCGGUUGGGAAUGAUUGCUUUUAGGUUAAUAAACAUGCUUAGUUGCUUUACUAUUGAAUAUUUAACUAUGGUAGUUUAUUUGAACUAAUGUUUCGAGCAUAUUACCCGAAAUGCGAAGGUAUACCGAACAUAAAGUAUAUGCCAGAAGGAAUAAAGUAGGGAAAUGAUAAGAGUUUCAAAGGUAAUUGUUUCCCUCUUGUUUCAAAAUGCAUUUCAUUCGUAAUGUAUCCUUUCCUACAUAGCCAAAUCCUAUCAAUUAAACAUAAAACUCCGUAAGUCAAAAGUGCUUGAUAUCUAGCACAACUAUACACAUAAACACAAAAAGGUGAUUCGAGCUUUUGAGACUGUCGUCACGAGUUGUAGACAAAACAUUAGAAUUUAAGAGUAAUGAAACAAUAAAUGAGAAGUCACGGAUGCAUAAACAGAAACAGAUAUUUACCGAGAAAUGUAGAAAUCAGAAAGCGGAAAACCCACAAAAUAGAGGAAAUAUUUAGCAAAAAAUGUGAAAUCAUUCAUAUACCUAACAAACAAAAAUCCACUCAUACAAAACAAACAUUUGAUGCAAUUAAUGUUGUAUAAAUUAAUUGAACUGAACCAAAAAAUUCAAUUACAGUAAAAGAAGUUCAUUGAACAGUUUUACAUUAGAGUAUGUCUUUCAGAAUUUGAAUUUUUCCUUUGUUCUUAUCGUACUCCAAUGACUUCAAUCUCACACAGAUGACAAAUUUUACCUUAUCUCAAAUAUUUCGACAAUGAUCGCACGGUGUCUUGGUUCAAAGCAGCUCAUUGAAAAAACAUGAGUGUCUCCGAAAUUCUCUCUACGCAAAAGUAUAGGUUUUCCCUAUCACGUAAGUCCAAUUAUAAAAUGUUCUAUCGGGAUCAUUGUUCCAUACAUUUGGAGGAGUCCACUUGGCCAACAUUCAAGAUUUCCAUGGAGGUUCUAAGUCUAUUGAUAGAUCAUUUUUGUUCACCCAUGGCAUGAAGAAGGAGAACAUAUGUUGUCAUGUGAUGUGGUUUUCAGAGAUACUGAUGUUGUUUUCUAAUAUUGUAACAUGGAGACACCGUGAAUGACUAACUAUUGGCAAUCCAGAUGAAUGUUGAGACGAGACUGGCGCCGUUUUUAAUUAUUCAGUGCAAUGCCUUGCGCUCUUACUCUCUGUCUUCUUCUUCUUAUUGGCAUUACAUUCCCACACUGGGACAUUGCCGCCUCGCAGCUUAGUGUUCAUUAAGCACUUCCACAGUUAUUAACUGCGAGGUUUCUAAGCCAGUUUACCAUUUUUGCAUUCGUAUAUCAUGAGGCUAGCACGAUGAUACUUUUAUGCCCAGGGAAGUCGCGACAAUUUCCAAUCCGAAAAAUGCCUAGACCGGCACCGGGAAUCGAACCCAGCCACCCUCAGCAUGGUCUUGCUUUGUAGCCGCGCGUCUUACCGCACGACUAAGGAGGGUCCCAAUGUACUCUCUGUACAUUGAUGUUAAUUGCUAAGUCCAACACACAAUUAUUAAUACCCCGUGCAAUUUGGAUUGUUCUGAUCAAUCACGGAGUAACAACUAUAAAUAUACGGGCACCCAGUUUUAAAAAAAGAUAUAGAUCCCCCAGCGCCGGACACUUCUCAAAACGACACUUGCAGAGGUCCCUUCGCUAUUAUAUGUAGUACAAAAGAAAGCUAUUGAAAAGUCUUUUACCUACAUGGAAUAUCUGAUCCUCAUGUUGUAAACUUUGUGCAAAAUUUUAAAUUCAACAAACGCUCAACAUUUUAAUGUUUUGCCUUACUUUAGAAGGUUCAAAUCAUUUGAAUGCUUCUGAUUAUGCAGAGAUGGUUAAUAUUAGCCAUAUUUUAAUUAACGAUCACGAUUUGAUUCAUAUAUAAUGAUACGGUGCUGCAAAAUCAAUUUCUGUAUCCUGUAGCUGACUCCCAGGUCAGGAUAGUGAGAUUUUUCAUGUAACCAAUUAGCCAAGCCAUUGUUCAAAUCUGUUUUGUUGAACGCACUUUAAUUCAAUUAUUUCUUCUUGCUAAGGCUUGAUGCCAAAAAACCAAAAAGAAAUAAGUAGAAACAAAAAUUGAAGAUGACAUUGAAAAAGGAGGAAAUUUGGGGUAGGAUGUAAAAAAUGUAAUCGAGGUUCAUAUAAACUCUACUAACAUAUUUUAUUACAAAGAAAGUAAAAAAUAACUCCUUCCUAAAUGAUGUCUUUACUCAUGAAACAGGAAUUUGAUCAUAUUUGAACAUGAUGCAAUAGUGUCCGGUACUUGGGGACACUUUUAUGUACCGUGGCAUUUUUCACCCAAAUUCAUCAUCCAAAUCGUUGAAAAACGUGUUCAAAUGAUCACAUAUAGUUUGUAUGAAUCAUCAAUGAUCAUAUUUUGUGUAUUUGGUAUACAUGUAAACAUACUCCAGAUAGCCAGAGAAUAUUUCGAUAAAUGGCUCAUGCGGCCGGCGCUGGGGGAUCUCCCCCUAUACAUUUGUUUUAAGAAGACUUUACAAGUCGUAGAGUAUUUCAAAAUAACCGAGUAUUUUAUUCCCCCGAUGCGUGUUGCAUUUUAAAAUUCAAAGUUUUGACAAAUGAGACAGACCCUAAGAUUCCUGGAAAAAUCCUCAUUGCAAGUCUCGCCUUAGCUUAUUUAAUGACAGUAUCCAAUCAAUAAAACUUAUGUCAACGAAGGAGAUCAAUGUGAAAACACAAAAUCGAUAGUACGGCAUCUGUACAUGCAUUGAUUAACUUUUAUUUGUCUUGAUAAAUUGUCAUAAUUUUGUCGUUCAACUUGGCCAUAAAUAAAUCAUUUUUGAUUUCCUAAACAAUGUAUUUUAAAACGACUUUCCUCUUUCAAGAAAUUCCAUCCAUUUUUGCUAAUUGAAUUUCAGGUUCAGUUUAUUUUUUGAAUAUCCGCAUAUUAUAUACUAGGUUAUAGCCUCAAUAGAUUCUAGAUGGUUGCCAAAAAUGAAUACCGUGUAUGUAUAUGGAUUAUUAGAAACAAAAUAAAAGGGUUCGACCAAAAUUUAACGAAAACCGCUAUGAAUUGUACCAUACUCUCACGAAUGUUUUAAUGAACGAUACGGUGAAAUAGGGUCGCAUAGGAAAAAUCAAAUUGUAAAUCAUAAACAAAACACAUUUUGAAAAUGUAAAGAUGUACAUAGCUUAUAGUGUAAGUAUCGUGAUAUUCCAUUGAAUGUAAAUAUAAUAAAAGAGUAAAAUGAUUUGAUGAUUAUAUGUCAUCAUAUUGUUAAUGUAUACAUCAUAUGAUAUAUAGUUUAGUAAUAAUACAACGUCAAAAAUGAAAACAAAAAAAAAAGCGAAAAAUCAUGUAAAAUAUAGUAGCAGAAAAAUAAAGAUUUUUAUAUUAAAUGGACGCUGAACUUUACAAAGCGUGGUCGUGGAACAAAAAUAUUCCGAUACACUCUGAGAUCCGAAAAUAUGAGAAAAAAGUUCAUAAGCUUUACAAGGUAACUGAAGCCGUUUUAAUCGUAUAUGAAUUCUCGCAACAAACCCUACACAAGAAACAAUAUACUUCUAACCUACUAUUAUUUUGUUGCUAUACACAAAAGUAUUUUAGAGCGGUGUCGCUAUCGAGUAUAUUUUAAAUAAAAUAUAAUUACGUUAGGUAAAGCAUCGGUGCUAAUAAAGUAUGCCAAAAUAAAAUGAUUUCACUGAUCAAUGCAGUAUGUAUCUUCAAUGAAUCACUUUUAAAAUAUGGUGAUAGAACCAAACUUUUUGAAAUAGCGUAACGUCUGAGCAUUUGUCUAAUAAGGGCGGAUGCAGAAGCAUAACGCCAAUGGGCUUUCAAAAAUUUUAAUUAUCUAACGAGCAACGCAUAUGUGAGUGCAUAAUCAACUAAGUCUGAUUAAAUUAUGUUUUAAUAUUUUGCUACAGUAUUUAUUAAAAAUUCGGAUUAAUUGCUGAGAUAUAUAAAGCAGUGUAAAAAGGCCACAUGUAUUGUUGAAUUUUAUGUUCGCUUUUUAUGAACUUUCACAAUACGUUUGAAGAUAAUAAUUUCUAUUUUAAACAAUUUUUCAGUUCUAUGGAAAUAUAACAUUUUAACGUUCGUUCUAACACAGUAGAUACGAGUGUAUUCAGACAACAGAAUUGCAAAUACAGAUCGUCCGAAAUACAAUGUCCAUGUUUAUACACAACGGAAAAUGAUUCGAUGGAAUAAAAAAAACUAUCUGAAUGAUUCGAGAAUAGUAGACAAGAGUGGUAAGGAAUUCUAAAAAAUACGAGUUCGACUUGCAGAGAAAAAUUCGAAUUUAAGAUCUGACAGUUUUAGAAAUAUCCAAUAAAAACAAAACUGCACAUGUGCGGAAAUUAUUUUGGCAUCAUUUUUAACAAGCAAGUAAUAAUAAUUAUAAAGAUAAAUUGAUGGUGGGUGAUGAACGAUAAGGCAUGUUUGAUUACAAAUCAAUUGUUGUAUGUAUGUAUAUAUAUUUAGUGAUACUCAAAUAUAGAAGAAAACAUUUGUAAUAAAA